CGGAAGCGCCCGUAGCGCUGUCAGCGGCCACUAUAGUCCCAUCCUUUCCUCUACCCCGGGCAUAUAAUAUAUAAGUUACAUUCCUCUUGUUCCUGGCAUCAAUUCUCAAAGCUUCAAGGUGAUACACAAGGUGACAAGACAUUACUUGGCUACUCAUCUCCUUCCGCGUAUACCUUGCAACCGAUACGCAAAGCCGGCGCACCCACGUCUAUCCUUUAUCAUCGGAAAACAAUGGCAACUACCUUGGGAGCUGGCAUGGCUUGCUGGCCCGCUCCACAGCAAGCGGUUACUCCUGGCCGCGUGCUGUUUGCGAAAGGCCUGGCAAAGGGCUGCACAUCUGCGCAUCUGCAGGCCAUCUUCUCAACCUUUGGGACCGUCACGGACUGCCAGAUUGCAAGGCAUCGUUCUGGGCGUUCGGCCGGAUUCGCAAUCGUCACCUUCCUGCGCCACGAGGAGGCAGUCGCAGCUAUGCAGGCCAUCGAUAACCUUAUGUUCAUGGGACGGAGACUUUCUGUAAAAUGGUUCAGCCCCGAGCGCGCUCUAGAGGGCAACACGCACAACGUAGAUGUCCUCAACUUCCAGGCGCUUCAACAGGCCCUUCAACUUUCCCAGCUCCAGCCGGCUGACCUGAUGGCGCAGCUGGCGCAACUCCUGGACACCCCGAGCCCUCCUCAACAGCCCCAGAAUCCUCAUGUUUCUGCCUGGCUCGACAACUUCGUGCUGGCGCAACGCGAGUCACCCCUGGCGCCUCCUCUCAACGACAUCGCUCCGCAGCAGAUGCCGUUUGACCUGCUCAACCUGUCUACCCUGUCCAUCUCCGACAUCCAAGGGCCUGCCGCUGGUGCCGCUCCGUCGUCCGUCAUGAGUUCCCAUCCCGCCACGCCUGCCUCGAUGGACGUUUCCGACGGCGCCGUCUUCGUUACCGCCGGGCCCAACCUAGCCGACAACAAGACCUGCACCAUGGCUCUGGCCCACAGCCGGCUCGCCAAGUGGUGUGCUGCCCCGGGCAGUGCUCGCGCCCAGUCCUCCGCCCCAGGCUCCCUUGCCGACGACGCCAGCACCGACGAGAGCGCCUCCGUCCACGCUAGCGAUGAUAGCAGCAUUGCUACGACCGUUCAGCUUGCGCCGGUGUCGUGCGAUGGCCCUAGCUGCUGCUCGGCUGGUUCAUCACCUGUUGCGCCCAUGGAUGCCACCCCGGCUGCCUGCUGUGCCUCUGCCACCUCCACUCCCGCUGCUCCUGCCUCUGGUAACACCACCAGCGGCGGCGCGUCCGAGGAUCCCUUCCGUGGCCACGCGCCCGCUCCGACGGCCCCCGGCGUGCCGUCAAGUCGUCCUGGUGUCGUCAGCAGCGACCCCGGCACCAUGCGCAGGCCUUCGGCUCCGGGUUUCGGGCCUGCUCCCCCUGUGUUCCCAGGCGCGCCUGCGCUGGCGCCGCUCCGCACCGCCGCUGCUACCCACAACCAGAUUCCCCGCCCGGUGCCCCGGCCUAACCCCGUGGGACCUUACAACUCGUGUGGCGGCGGUGCCGCGGCUCCUGCUGAUUUUCAGCAGGCCCUUCGGCUGCAGCAGGCCCUAGCAGACCAAGCUCGCUCCAUGAACGCCCAGCAGCAGUACAUGGAUGCCUUGGCGAAGCUGGCGGCUGCACGAGAGCAAGUCGCGGCAGCGGCGUCGCUGCUCAACGGUGGCAGCAUGCAGAUGUCGCCCACGCUGGCUAGCCCCCACAUGCAGCCCGCGCUCAUGGGCCACAUGGCGCCACCGGCGCACCCGUUCAUGGCGCAGCCGCCGCAGGACCUGAACACGCUGCUGCUUCUGCAGAACGCCGCCGCGAUGAACCGGCCGCUGUACUGAGCAGGGGGCUCGGAGAACGUUUUUUGCUUCUUUCUUGACCGUAGUUGGCAGAGCUAGGACGAGAACAAGGGGCAUUGAAGGAGACGCUUGGAUUACCUAGCAUUGCUUUCCAGCGCCUUUUUUGGAAGGCUUACUAAUAGCACCUUAGCACGCCGCGGAAUGUCCUGCAUUGGGCCCUCGCGCCGGCUUGCAGGAAUGUACAGACCAAGUGCCAUAGUCGGUGGCGUUGCCACGAAGAAGUGUGUAUGUGUGAGGAUUAUGCUGGCGAUUUGAAUGACACGGGAGAGUGUUUAUUUAGCAUCCGUAUAUGCCUUGCGCGUGAGACACGUUAGGCAGUAGCCGCUGAGGUCGUGUCCAACAGGCAUGAACUAGCGGGUGCUUAGCAACAUGUUAUGGCUGUGUCAUUGUGGAAGGGAGGUUAAUAGUGGUUAAUUGCAGCCUAGAGGUGAUCUCAAACCAGGAUUGCUGCAGUACAGGUAGCCAUUAUCGUCGGCGGAUUGGCCCAGCAGGCCCCACGGUCCACUGUCAUGGCCGCGCGCCCAUCUUAGUAGCUGUUGCUGGAUGCAAUGGCCGCGGCCGGGCUCUUCACUAGCUAUGCGCGGUUGCAAGACACCGCAAGUGAUCUGGGUUCAUGGCAUACAUCACGAGUACCUUUUCUUUACACUGCUCAGUAGUAGAGCCGCAACCACCCCUGGCCUGAGUGUGUCCCAUAAUAAGUGGGCUAGUGACAGAUAUGGGGUUGUGCUGGAUAUUCCCUGGACUGCGGUUUGCUGUGUGGUCGUAAAUCGUGUCAAAGUAGUCACUCUGCAACCAGGGCAAUAGGGUGACUUGGUUAUAGCGGCUGGACUGGGCCUUAAUGCAUGUCUUUACUUGCCACGUUUGACGGUGCGUGGAUUUAGGGCGCCUAGCGCAAGCGCGGCGCAUGCCGGUAGCAGCAGCCGUGGGUUAUAGUUGUGGCCGGCAUCCUUUUGUGGGUUAAGUGCAGAGGGCGUAGUAUUAUGGCGCAUGACAGACUUCUUUUCUUCUUUUUUGCGUUAUCUUUUCUUUCAUCUCCGCUUAUGUUGUUGCAGGGGCUUGUGGUCAAACGAAGUGUGCACGUGAUCCAUUCGUGAUCAAACUCGUCAUCACGCCCGCACUAACCGCCAGUACGCAAUGUACACCCCUCUUUAUCUCUCUUGGUGCAUAAGU